AUGGCUUCCCGCUUCUGGACACAGGUUCGUCCCUGAGUUUCAAUCGAAGGCCACUGAUUCAUUUGAUUUCCCUGACUUUAUGAUCUUUCCGUUUUAGCUACCCUAGUUAUCGAUCUAGAAUUUUGAUUGAUUCUCUGUGUUGUUGGCAGGGUGGUAGCGAUACUGAGGAGGAAGAGAGUGACUAUGAAGAAGAGUCCGAGACCGCAGCUGGUCCCGGAGAGGGCGGCGGGCGGACACAGACGAACAGAUACCUCAAGACUGAUAACGCAAGUGACAGCGAUGAUUCUGAUGGGCAGAGGCGCAUUGUCCGCUCAGCUCGUGACAAGAGGUUAGAUGAGAUGGCGGCUACGUUGGACCAGAUCCGCAAUGCAAUGAAGAUCAACGAUUGGGUGAGUCUCCAGGAGAGCUUCGAUAAGAUAAACAAGCAACUGGAGAAGGUCGCCCGGGUGAUAGAGGGAGACCGGCCGCCAAGCCUUUACAUAAAGGCCCUGGUGAUGCUCGAGGAUUUCAUGGCGGAGGCACUAGCAAACAAGGAGGCGAAGAAAAAAAUGAGCAGUAGCAACGCCAAGGCCCUGAAUUCAAUGAAGCAGAAGCUGAAGAAGAACAACAAGCAGUUUGAGGACUACAUCAUAAAAUACAGGGAGAAGCCAGAGAGUGAGGGGGAGGGCGAGGAGGAGGAGGAAGAGGAAGAGGAAGAAGAGGGUUCAGAGUUUGAAGAGGACUUGACAAAUAUUUCCAAGCCUGAUGAAGAAGAAGAAGAAGAAGGUGAGGAGGGUGAGGGCACCGGUGAGGGGGCAUGGGAGAAGAAAAUGAGCAAAAAGGAUAAGCUAAUGGACAAGCAAUUUAUGAAGGAUCCUAGUGAGAUCACGUGGGAAAUAGUUGACAAAAAGUUCAAGGAAAUUGUGGCUGUGAGAGGUAGGAAAGGAACUGGGAGGAUUGAGCAGGUCGAGCAGCUUACUUUCUUAACAAAGGUGGCCAAAACACCUGCCCAGAAGUUGGAAAUACUGUUCAGCGUCAUCUCAGCGCAGUUUGACAUAAACCCUAGUUUAAGUGGGCACAUGCCCAUAAACGUGUGGAAGAAAUGUGUGGAGAACAUGCUUAUUGUUCUUGACAUCCUGGAGCAGCAUCCCAACAUUUUGGUUGACGACUCAGUGGAGCCUGAGGAGAAGGAGACGCAGAAGGGUGCAGACUAUAAGGGAACGAUCCGAGUUUGGGGAAACUUGGUUUCUUUUGUUGAACGGCUUGAUUCAGAGUUCUUCAAGAGUCUGCAAUGUAUUGAUCCUCACACAAAUGAGUAUGUCAAGAGGCACAGGGAUGAACCAAUGUUCCUUGUUCUAGCUCAGGAUGUCCAGGAUUACCUUGAGAGAUUAGGGGAUUUCAAGGCAGCUUCUAAGGUUGCACUGAGACGGGUCGAGCUUGUAUACUACAAGCCACAGGAGGUUUAUGAUGCGAUGAGGAGAUUGGCUGAGAGAAGGGCAGAUGGUGAAGAUAAGGAUGACGCAGAAGCUGGUGAGGAGGGCCUGGUACAAGAAGAAAUCAGGGGCCCAUUGUCCUUUGUUGUGGUUCCUGAGGUUGCUUCUCGUGUGCCCAGUUUCCCAGAGAGCAGUCGUGCUUUCAUGGAUUCUCUUAUAUCUCUUAUUUACAAGCAUGGAGAUGAGAGGACCAAGGCCCGGACAAUGCUUUGUGAUAUCUAUCACCAUUCCAUCUUUGACGAAUUUGCAGUUGCCCGUGAUCUUUUGCUAAUGAGCCACUUGCAAGAUGGCGUCCAGCACAUGGAUAGAUCCACCCAAAUCCUCUUCAACCGCGCGAUGGCCCAACUUGGUCUCUGUGCCUUUAGGGGGGGCCUCGUUCCAGAGGCAUUUGGCUGUCUCUCUGAGCUAUACACCGGGGGGCGAGUGAAGGAGUUGCUUGCACAAGGUGUCUCUCAGAGCCGUUACCACGAGAAAACUCCAGAACAGGUACGCAUGAUCAAGAACGCUUCGGCUUAUAAUGAAUAAACUAUGCCUAUAUUGUCUAUGUGUGAUUAUCUUUCUUGUUCUUGAUCGUAAUAUUUCUUCCCUUGUUUCGCCCUGUGUGGAGUACAAGACCUGUUUUUUAAAUGCCGUCGUUUGGAACGUCUCGCAGCAUUUGUGUGGUAAUUUGCUGAUUCUAGGGCACCUUCAAGAUUGGAAAAAAAUAUUUCCUUUUCAAAUCAUCUUCGAGGAUUUCCAGAUUUUUUAUUUACCCUCUUUGAUUUAAGAAUACAAAACAAAAAUGUGUAAUUUUGGGAAACGAAGUCUUCUGGUGACAUUUUCCCCCAUGGUUUCUGGUGUGGACAAUCCAAUGUCUAUAGUGCUUUGCUAUGUGUGCAUGAUGAUCUCUAAGCUAACUGCCUGUUGAUAUAGUUAAAAUGUUGUAUUAUUUCUAUGCUAAGCGUUAUUUUAAGCAUCAGUGAGGAAGUAUUUGUUCAAACGCAUGAUGGCUAUAUCAAAAUAUUACCAUGAUUUCUUGAUAUAUAUUAUCCUGAUAAAUAUGCCUAGGAAUAAUGAUUUUGACAAAUCUUUUGAGAAAUGUGUAAAUAUGCCCAUCUGGGUACGGCCGAUCGAUUCAGUGGUCCUUUUUUUUUUUUUAAUUUACCUGUUAUGGGGAAAAUUCUGGAAUCAUCUGAGUUCAUCACUGACUCUUUCAGGAAAAACUAGAGAGAAGAAACCAGAUGCCCUUCCACAUGCACAUCAACCUCGAGCUCCUCGAGGCGGUCCACCUCAUCUGCGCGAUGCUCCUGGAGGUCCCUAACAUGGCCGCCAACACCCACGACUCCCGGCGCCGGGUCAUCAGCAAGACCUUCCGGCGGCUCCUCGAGAUGAGCGAGCGGCAGACCUUCACCGGGCCACCGGAGAAUGUCCGCGACCAUGUGAUGGCCGCCACUCGGGCCCUCACCAAGGGCGACUUCCAGCAGUGUUUCGCCGUCAUUGACUCCCUCGGCACCUGGAAGCUCCUCCGCGAACGUGAGGCCAUCCUCGACAUGCUCAAGGCCAAGAUCAAGGACGAGGCCCUGAGGACCUUCCUCGUCACCUACUCCUCCUGCUACGACUCCCUGAGCCUGGACCGGCUCGCCGCCAUGUUCGGCCUCUCCGAGGACCAUGCGCACAGCGUCGCCAGCAAGAUGAUGAUCUCCGAAGAGCUCCAGGCCAGCUGGGACCAGCCCACCCGGUGCAUCGUCUUCCACAACGUCGAGCCCACCCGGCUCCAGGCCCUUGCCUUCCAGCUCACUGACAAGCUGAACAUCCUCGCAGAGAGCAACGAGAGGGCCUACGAGGCAAGGACUGGUGGCGGGCUCGACGGGCUGCCUCCGCGCCGCCGCGGGGAGGGCCAGGAUUACACUGGCGGUGGCGGCGGGGGUGGCGGCAAGUGGCAAGAUGGGUCCUUUUCGGCCUCACAGGGAGGGCGGCAGCAGGGCCGCCCCGGUUAUGGUGGUGGCAACCGGUUCGGUGGUGGGCAGCAGGGCGGCGGCGGGUUUUCAAGGGACCGUGGUGGGCAAGGUGGCCGAGGCGGUGGCGGCGGUGGUGGUGGCUACUCUUCGGGUUACCAUACUGGGAGAUACCAGGAUGCAUAUGGCAGGAGCCCAUAUCAGGCGGCGGUGAAGGGUUCACAGCAUGAGACCUCGGCUCGGAUGGUGAGCCUUAGCAGGGCCGGUAGAGUGUGA